AUGGACUUCUCUAACUGUACAGAGGGGUUCUUCUCCCUGGACGAUGGGAGUGAAGAGGUUUCUAUAAUCCCCCCAAGUAAGAUCCUCCUCACCUUCACCCUGUCCCUGCUCGCUGUCAUGACAACGGCCAUCAACUCUCUGGUGAUCACAGCCAUCAUCGUAACCAGGAAGUUGCAUCACCCGGCCAACUACCUGAUCUGCUCUCUGGCAGUGACAGACCUGCUGGUGGCCAUCUUGGUCAUGCCCUUCAGCAUCCUCUACAUACAGAGGGAGAGCUGGCAGAUGGGAGAGGCUGUGUGUUACAUGUGGCUGAGUGUUGACAUCACCUGCUGCACCUGUUCCAUCCUCCACCUGGCAGCCAUCGCUCUGGACCGCUACCGGGCCAUCACUGACGCCGUGGAGUAUUCACGCAAACGCACUGGACUCCGAGCUGGGAUCACUGUCGGCGUGGUCUGGUUUCUGUCCGUCCUCAUAUCCCUUCCCCCUCUCCUGUGGAGGAACCAUGGCGGGGAGCCAGAAGAGGACCAGUGUCUGAUAACUCACCACCACAUCGCCUUUACCCUCUACUCCACCCUGGGAGCCUUCUAUAUCCCCUUGCUCCUCAUCCUCAUCCUAUACUACAAGAUCUACAGAGCAGCUCAGACUCUGUACCUCCGCAGGGGGGCCAGCAGAGGGGCCAGCAGGGCCAGCCGACACUCCUCCAUGGUCAACGGAACCACCCUCCCCUCCUGCCCCCCUGAUGGGGGCCCCGACACCCUGAACCUCCAGGAGAAGUCCUACUCAGACCCCACCACUGAGGGAGACCGCGUGCGCAUUACCGUAAAGAGUCCCCACAGCGAGUCGAGGCGGGAGCGUGAGUGUUCGUUGAGACGGCAGCGUAUCUCAGGGACCAGGGAGCGGCGCGCUGCAUCUACGUUAGGACUGAUACUGGGGGCCUUUGUUGUCUGCUGGCUGCCUUUCUUCCUGAAGGAGGUGAUCGUCAACACGUGUGGCUCCUGCAGCACCUCCAUAGAGCUGGCUGACUUCCUCACCUGGCUGGGGUACCUCAACUCCCUCAUCAACCCUCUCAUCUACACUAUCUUCAAUGAGGACUUUAAGAAGGCCUUCCAGAGACUGGUCAGGUGUAGGCAUCGCCUCUGACACGGACGGAGAGGACACACAUGCACACACACACAAACACGUGCACGGCGUUCAGUUCUGAGUUGUGUUGGGCAUGGGAUGGCAUCUGAAUGCCUGAGAUUAGAGACUAUCGACAAGAGACUUUCAAUUAUUAACCGGAGGAAAUGACCUUAGAGACUAUGUCAAGACUAUGAGACACUCCAGCCAGGUCAGUCUAAUGGGACUGGCACAUUGCUGAGGUCUGGAGGGAAGUUAGGAGGACCUCAGAUCCAUAAGAGUCUAUUUAUGGAGAGCCCUGCAAUCAUCAUCUUCUUGUUUGUAUGGGUUAUUGACGUGGCCGGAAUGGUGUUGAAUGACAUUGAAAGGACAAUGUUUAAAUGACAGACUGAAACAGAUGAAGCGCUAGGGUGAAACUCUGGAUGUAGACCAUCGGCCUCGAUCUUUCCAAGGUCUCAGAAAAGCUUACCAUGGUGUUUCUGUCUGUUCUAUAACUAUCAACCUCCCCAAGCUA